AUGGCCGAGCCAGGUGAAAAAGAGAGCUGCUGGGAGCGGUUUCUGUCUGCACGGCGGAAACCAGGUGAUCUGGCGGUACUGGGUGAUCUGAACGAGAACCCCAGCGGACUCCCGAGGCGCAGAGUGUCACAGUUCUCCUCUGAGAUGUGUGGCCACUCUGUACGGGAAGUUCUCUCGCUAAGUCCGCCUCCGACAGCGCGGCCGGAUGCAAGGCAUGCCGCUAGCGUCUCCCCUGUUCUGGGAUUUGGGGAGCGUUCGUUAUCUCCACGACUGCGAAGAGGAGAAACGGAAAGCGAUAGUCAGCUCGCGGUUGAUGAUGCUGGCAUGCCGCGGCGUCGAUUAUCUGAGUUCUCAGCCAGAAUGCAGAGUGGCAGUGCUGUACGCGAUGCGCUUUCCCAUAGCCCUGCACGGAAGUCCCUCAGGGGAUGCAGAGGAGAGAGGAGAUUCAAGCACAGCCUUGCUCCGGCAUCUGCGCGAGAAUCCGUGCUGAGCGGCUACGGGGAACGCCAGGAAUCUGCGCGGCGCCUGCUGCAGGUGAGAGGGGAAAGCAAGGACUUUGGAGACAGAGGGAGAUCCUCGAGCGGAAUUCCCUGGCGCCAGCUUCCUCUCUAUGAUUGUCACGGCCUGCUGCUUCAAACCGGGACUUCCAUCAAACCAGAUCCAGCAGUUCGAGCGCCUUCUGUCUUUUCCGAGCGUUUGCACAGCAGCGAUGCUGUAAAGGACCUGCUUUCUGGAGAGCACUGUCGGGGCCGCAUGAGCCUGCAGAACUGGCAGCGAGAGGAAUCUAGCAACUUUGUGGCAUUUCCAGGACAAUCGCUGCACCGCAGAGACAUUACCCCAGCAUUGACAGCAGCAUCCAGGGCAAGUGGCCACGCAAUGGAGACCGAGAGGUCUCGCUGCCUCGCCAAGUUUGACAGGAGUCAGAAACUGAAGUUCAACCGAACCACUAUCGCCAAGUUGUUGAAUGCAGCCUUCUCCAUGCAUACAAGCUCCAUCAGCAUCGCCACGUUCGAUGCCAUCAGCCACAGUCCCAGCAGAUGCCGAGCCGCUCCGGUGUACGCAGCCGCAGAGUCGGUCGCGUCGCACAUAUUCUUUCGAAGCAGAUAUGGCAAAGAUCUCGUUGGCGGCUGGGCGCCUUGCGACGGCAGCCUGCAGCGCAUCAACAGCAACUCCGAGGCCGCGAUACGUUUGGAAAGCGCACGAGCCGAGCGCGCGCGGUGCCUCGGCUUCAUUCCUCGCCAGAGGGAGAAGGUCCGGAGGGAGCCGGAGGUCCUGUGCGACACGAGCCGCGGAUCACCGGCAAACGUGAACCAGAAUUCUCAGGACACCACCUCGCUUGCGGCUGACAAAAUACCCAUGAACGAGUCGUUGAAACCUUUCGAUGACAAGGUUGGCCAGGUUGUUGAAUUCAUCGACAAGAUCAUUGGCCAUGGCCGAGGACAGCCGCUGUCACAGCCAGAGUCUGAAGGGCGUCUGACACCAUCACCGGAGAAGAAGCAGGCAGGUCCGCCAACCGUGACCCGUAAUCUUACCGGCUUCGUGCCCGUAGGUGCUGCUUGUUUGACUUUGGAUGCGCUAAUGCCGACUUUGGGCAGGACCUUGGAUGGUGUUGGUGCAGCAAAGCUUUGGUUGCUUUCUCGUUGCAUUGCACGUGCGACAAGCUUGCAGCCAUUCGAGCUGUUCCAUGUCUUUCUGAGCCACAUGGGGAGUAUGUGCAAUUCUCACAACCGGAUCUACGAUUGCAUACCCAAGUUGUCCAUUGAAAUCGAAGCUGUCCUGAAGAACAAGACCCCAUCUUUGGCUGGGCUUGCUGUUGUCAGCUGGCUCCCCCCGAACCAGAGCCGGAAGUGGACAUCGGCUCACAUGCGAAAGAUGCAGCUGGAGAAGCAGAUAAUUCUGAAUAAGGUCUCGCUGUAUCCGCGACUCCUCACGUCAGCCCUGGAAGCUGAGAAGGCCUCCACUGCAACAGCAUUGCACCAGAAAGACCAGAAGGUGCAGAAGGAAAGGGACAUCGUGCCUGACAAGAGGGCCAGUCAUGACGGGAUAUGUGGACAUUUGCAGACUGCUAAGGCGAAGUUUACUGCGCUGAUGCAGCCAGACAUUGGCAAGCUGCGGGAUAGGCGGAAGGCGGCGCAAGGAGCACCAGCCAGAGCAGGUCUGGUAGCCUAG